GCUCCAUGUCACAUCCCAUCUCACUCUGGAGUCCAAUUACCAUGAUUUAGUAGAGUGUCAAGGACGAACAUCAUUGCGCAAUUCUGGCUCUUGUUAGAAAAUGGGUCAAUCACAAUCGUCCGAGCCUCCAAAGGAGAUUCCAAUAGAGCAGCUAAGCCAUGAGCUUGCACUUCGCUUUGCUACAAGAUGCUUCUCACAUCUAGAGAUCGCUCAUUAUAAAGACAAUUUCAAAACCCUGGCCGACCAUCAAGAAGAUGUCGAGUACUGGAAGGAAGACACGCUUUGUCGAUUCCUCGCCCUCCCAGAAGCUCUCAAUGCUGGCCCUGUCCUCUACCAAAUGUGUACCUACCUCGGUGCAUUUCCAUUCCCCAGUCUGGCGCCCUGUAUCUUGACCAGAGAGGCUACGCUGAAAGUCGUCACGAUAAUGACGGGUAGGUAUAAAAAGAUCCUGAAGAAGGGAAAUCAGGACAAAGCCAAGCUUUUAUUCCGAAGUCUGGCCGUCUUUGAUCGCAAAGCUAGUGUUUCUUCGCCACGAGAUAAACCCGACAUGCAGGCGAUCGUGGACGAACAACUCCCAGAAGACAUGAAGAAUGCUAAGGCCGUUGAAACCAGAAUAACUGGAUUUGCCAUUGACGAUCCAAUCAACGACGGUGAUGAAGACGAGGAUGAAGACGAUCUCGCACUGGCUGCUCUGGACUCUCUUGAUGCCAUCGAAGUCUUCAAACAUGACCAGAGACAAACCAUCGACCGUAAGAUGAACCAUGCAUUGAUUCCCGUGGACAAUUUCCGGAAGCUCAUCACUCUCCUUCUUCUCUUGGCCAGCAUUGAGCCACUCACACCUCUGGGGACAUACGGUGAAAGUCUGACGUCGGACAAGAUAAAAGCGCUGAAUACUUCAGCUGACGCUAUCAUCGCGGCCUUUGAUCCUGACCCUCACAGCAACGGUAUUCGAUAUCAGAAUUUUGUCAAAACCGUCACCUUUACUCUUCCAGAUCUAUUCGAACCGCUAUCUCCACUCUUCGAGCACUUACUAUUCAGCAAGAACAUCAACUUGAACAAGCAUCGUGACGGAAGUGAUGUACCGGUUGUCUUUCCCGUGAAAGCUUCUCCAAUAUAUCGACCUAGCGACGACAGUGCAUCAUUAGAUGACACGGAUCUCACGGACACACUCCUCUCUCAACUCUCGACGUCCCUCAGACUGACUACACCAACAGGGAUUCAGACCAACAUCUAUACUUCCAACGCACGUUUCAAUUUACUUUACUCAACGUCAAGUAGUGGCACAUCACUCUCGUCGUUCUCACGUCAAGUCAUAUCCUGGCAAUCCGGGACGAUGCUCCUCCUUUCAGGAACUACUGGCUCACCAGACUCUCAGUCCAUUACACUCGGUGCAUACCUUCCAGAUCGAUGGACGGAUUCGACGAACAAGUAUCAUGCACCUUCAUCAUCAACAUCUCACGACCCCAACAACGCCGAUGCACCAUGUCUAUUUCUUCUAUCUCCACGACAGGCCAUGUUCCAUUCUAAUCGAUACAAUCACACAAUACCAGCGAGUUAUCUACACUUGAAGACGGGUAUUGCACUAGGGUGUGUGAUUCCACCACCUUCGCGAUCACGAAGUAGUCAGACAGCUGUACCGAUUCUAGGUCCGGUAUCUGUCUCCAUCGGCCCGGAUAUGUCGACGGCCACAUUCCAACAUGACGGUUCAGCAGGUCAAGGCGCCUUUACGACCGAUGCUGGAUUAGAACUCGCACAGACAUCAUCGUCGUCGUCGUCCACAUCUUCUGCGGCCACGACGAUCCCUACCAAAACCACCAUUUCUGUCACUGAACUCGAGGUCUGGGGUAUCACGUUUCCAACCGAAGCCGAAGAGGAUGAGAUGGUCAAACAGGCCAAACGUCUGGCGUGGGAGGAAGCAGAGGCGGCGAGACGGAGAGGGGUUAAUUUCGGUGGUGAUCAGGACGGUGCAAGAGCAUUGUUGGAAAUGGCAGGUAUUGUCGGUGAUAGAGGGAGGAGUGGAGGGAGUGUAUAGGCUUUGGGAGUUUGGGGUUUUAAUGUGGUGUGAAGAUAGGACUUUGGACUCCAGAAGGGAGGAGAGGGAGAAGAAGAGGGACCUUGAUAUGGAUUAGGUUAAGGUUCACGGAUUAUAUUAAUGCAGUAUAGUAUGUGCCGCGGAAUCCACCACCCAGUGUCGUAUGUAGUCGACAAGGGGUUAUGCUGGUUGCGUGUUUGGUGAUCAGCCCUGCAUCACCGCAGAUCAGAGAGAAUGUGA